AUGUCGGCUGCAGUUACCGCUACCUCAACGGCUGUACAGCCUUCUAAUUCAACCGCUGGCGCUCAACUUUCUGUCGAGCAACAACAACAACAAAUCGCUGCCGCCCAAGCUCAUGCCGCUCAAGCUCAAUUCGGUGCGCCUACUGCUGCACCGCAAGCUUCUGCCUCACUUUACGUCGGUGAGCUGGAUCCAUCCGUAACUGAGGCUAUGCUUUUUGAAAUGUUUAAUAUGGUUGGCCCUGUCGCAAGCAUCCGUGUGUGUCGCGAUGCCGUCACUAGAAGGUCACUUGGCUAUGCCUACGUUAACUUUCACAAUCAACUUGAUGGCGAGAGAGCCCUCGAAACCUUAAAUUAUACAUCGAUUAAAAACAAGCCCUGUCGGAUUAUGUGGUCUCAAAGGGACCCUGCACUUCGUAAAACUGGUACCGGCAACAUCUUCAUAAAAAAUCUCGAUAAAACGAUCGACAACAAGGCCCUCCACGACACCUUCUCUGCGUUCGGAAACAUUCUCAGCUGCAAGGUUGCGAUGGAAGAUGGGUCCUCGAAAGGCUAUGGAUUUGUUCAUUACGAAACAGCGGAAGCUGCUGAAAAUGCCAUCAAACAUGUAAAUGGCAUGUUAUUGAACGAUAAGAAAGUCUACGUCGGUCAUCACAUCCCAAAGAAAGAACGCCAAUCUAAACUCGAAGAGAUUAAGGCGAAGUUUACCAACAUAUAUGUUAAAAACCUUGAUACCGAAGUUUCCCUUGAGGAGUUCACGGAACUCUUUGAAAGUUAUGGGAAAAUUACUUCGGCUGUGAUCGCAACAGAUGAAAACGGCAAUUCUAAAGGAUUUGGAUUUGUAAACUAUGAAAAUCACGAAGAAGCCAAUCAAGCUGUUAACGAUCUGCAUGAUUCCGACUUAAAAGGAAAGAAACUAUUCGUGGCUCGAGCACAGAAGAAACACGAGCGCGAAGAAGAAUUGAGACGCCAGUAUGAACAAGCAAAGUUGGAAAAAUUGAGUAAAUAUAAAGGCGUAAACUUGUACAUUAAAAAUCUCGAAGACGAUAUUGAUGAUGAAAAAUUGCGCCAAGAGUUCUCUGUAUAUGGUGUUAUUACCAGCGCAAAAGUCAUGCGAGAUGACAAGGGUCAAUCGAAAGGAUUUGGAUUUGUAUGCUUCACGACCACAGAAGAGUCAUCAAAGGCUAUCAAUGAAAUGAAUGGUCGAAUGAUUGGCACCAAGCCAAUUUAUGUCGCUGAGGCUCAACGCAAAGACGUAAGAAAAUCACAACUGGAGGCACAAAUUAACCAAAGAAAUCAACUUCGUAUACAACAAGCUGCAGCUGGCCUUCCAACAGGUCCAAGUGGAUAUCUUCCACCUAAUAUGUUCCCACAGCCAGCUUUCUAUGCAACAGCUAAUCAACGAGGUGGAGUCGUAUUCUCACCUCAACCAGGAAUAGUCCCAGCUACUGGUCCUCGUGGUCGAUGGUUCCCUCCAGCACAGCAAUCUCCCUAUGUACCACCAGCGAUAAAUAUCCAAAACAAUAAUAACGCUGGACGUGGAGGUAGAAAUCAACGUCAACCGGGUCUCACCCGGGGAGGUGCAAAUCAACAAUCAACUCGUGUUGGUCGAGGCCAUUAUAAAUUCAAUGCAAAUGUUAGAAAUAGCGGUCCUAAUAGUCAACCUGGUCAAACGGCCACGACUAACCCUCCAGCUUUGACUGCCGCGUCUUUGGCCGCAGCCCAACCAGAACAACAGAAACAAAUGCUUGGUGAACAGCUCUUCUUUAAAAUUUCUCCUCAUCAACCUGAACUCGCCGGCAAAAUUACAGGAAUGUUGUUGGAAAUGGAUAACGGAGAAUUACUUCAUUUACUCGAAAGUCCUGAUGCUCUCGGUAACAAGGUCGAUGAAGCUGUAGCUGUCCUUAAACAACACGCUAUGCAUAUUGGUCAACACCUUCCAGGUGAUAAAGAAGAUGCUUCCAGCUACCCUUGA